AUGUAUGCAGCACACUUACUGAGCCCUGCCCACCCCACGUCGCAGGAGCGAGCGGUGAUCGCGCGCGCCAUGGCCGAGUACCGGCAGAGCACGUGCACGCUCGUGCCGAGGUCCAGCCAUGCUGAUUACAUUCAUAUUCUAAGAGGGCAAGGACAGAUGCUUUACAUUCGUGUUCCCUUAGGUGUUCCAUGCGCCGUGGGUCGGUCGGGUGGCGUUCAAGUGGUGUCCCUCGGGUACGGCUGCGUCCAGAUCGGAGUGGUUAUUCACGAACUGAUGCACGCCGCAGGAUUCUGGCACGAACAGUCGCGUCCAGACAGGGAUUCGUUUGUGACUAUCAACUGGUCAAAUAUAGUCCCACACCUUCAGUAUAACUUCGAGAAGGUUGAAAACCACCGCUGUCACACAAGACUUGGGCUCUCAUAUGACUACAAUUCAAUCAUGCACUAUGGCCCCUAUGCUUUCGCCAUCAACAGACACUAA